GGUGUAAAGCCUCAGGGCCACGCCUCCUGGGGAACGAUUCUUCGGUUCAAGCACGCAGUGACUCCGGAGCAGAAGCAGCUUGCAUACCAGUCUCACAAAACAGAACAAGCAUGACCAAAUUAUAAUACCAGCGGCUGUGGAAUUUAUUAGCUGAAGGGAGACGCCAGCAAUUGCCCUCUGGUCCAAACUCUCACUUUUUUGUUUUUAUUCGCCGUUAACACAACAAGGAACAAUCUGUUAUCUUUAAUUUUGUGGAGUACUACUCUACGCAUUCUUUGUGGACUACAGGUUUGCAAACUCGAUUUGAUUUUAAGCUCAUGAACAGUAGGAGGCUGUGAAACUCGAGACGAGGAACACAAUAUUUUGCAGCAGCUUGCAGGGGCUGACAGACGAGCAAGGCCAUGGAGGGGGACUGUCUGAGCUGCGUCAAGUACCUCAUGUUCAUUUUCAACUUCUUUAUCUUUCUGGGGGGCUCCUUCCUGCUGGGAGUGGGGAUCUGGGUGCUGGUGGAUCCCGCAGGGUUCCAGGAGAUUGUGGCAGCCAAUCCUCUCCUCUUCACCGGGGCUUACAUCAUCCUGGCCAUGGGAGCCAUGCUGUUCCUGCUGGGUUUCCUGGGCUGCUGUGGGGCCAUCCGCGAGAACAAGUGUCUGCUGCUGUUUUUCUUCAUGCUCAUUCUCAUCAUUUUCCUAGCAGAGCUGGCAGCUGCAAUCCUUGCCUUCAUCUUCCGGGAGCAUCUGACGAGAGAGUACUUCACGAAGGAGCUGAAGGAGCACUAUCAAGGCUACAACAACACAGACGUCUUCACAGCCACGUGGAACGCAUUCAUGAACACAUUCGAUUGCUGUGGAGUGAACAGCCCAGAUGAUUUUGAGGGAAGCCGGUUCAGGCUUCUCUAUCCGGAUGACCUGGUCCCAGAAGCAUGCUGCAAGAGAGACAUCCACACCAGAGGGGGCGCUUUCAUCAGCAAGGAGGAGUGUCUCAUGGGGAACAUGCUGUUCCGCAACAACAAGGGAUGUUACUCUGCUGUUGUGGACUAUUUUGAGAUGUACAUAUACAUUUCUGCGGGCCCUGGCUAUAGUGGUCCUGACUAUUGAGCUCUUUGCCAUGGUGUUCGCUAUGUGCUUAUUCCGGGGGAUCCAGUAGGUGGCGCUGUUUCAAAAAAGACUUUUAAAAGGGGAAAUCAAGAAAUAGUAGAUUCCUUGUAAUGUAAAAAAUAAGAAGAAAACAUUUGUUGAUUUUAAUAAAUUGAUACAUGAAUGACCAAAAGGGUUGUACUUCAGGGCUGGAACUUUGAGGUGCCAAAAACAAAACAGAAAAGAAAGAGAAGAAUGGCUAAUUGAAAGAAGACGAUGGAAGAGGCGGAUUGCAUUGCACUGAUGUUGGGGUGAAGAGGAUUUGAUUUGGAGGAGCAGAGAAAGAGGUCUGCGGUGGUAAAGCAAGACCUGUACCAACCACAGCCUUUGUCCCUUGAUAGAACACAUAGGGCCACUUCAUUCAAACCCAGUGUCACUUUGGAAUCUGAAAAUAUCAGACAGACAGCACUGUAGACUUUGGACAACCUUGCUGAUACUUUCACCAGCUUAAAAUUCAGCUUCUGUGGUGCUCAUUUUAACUUUGUUUUAGUAUUAUUAUUAUUAUUAUUAUUAUUUUUAUUUUUAUUAUGAUGUUAUUUACAAUAAUACUGCUGGAUUUUAGCUGAACCAUAUUAGUCAGUUACAUAUUUUAACAUAUUAUUCCUUAUCAUCAGGCCAUGUAACUUUCACGCUAUAUUCCUGAUGCACUCCACAAAGCAUACACUAACUGAUGUUGCCAUUUAAGGACUGCCUACCACGGCUUUAACUACACUUUAUCACUAUUCCCUUCUCUUGGCAUUAGCAACAUGAUGACUGGUCCCCUCUUUGUUAAACACUGAGUGUUUGCUGUUAUUUUCUUAAUUUAAUUUCGGUUUGUGAACAUUUAUUAAAUAAAGAUGUGUGUUUUUUUUCUGCUGCUUCCACCUCCCCCUCCAUUAAUCUGUCGCUUUGGCCUUGUUCAGGCAACAUGACAAAGCAUUUCCCUGUCAAUUUUAUCUUGGUAAAAGUGCAUACCUUAAAUACUCAGGCUAUACAUACUGAAGCUGUAAGACGUGCAGGUGAUUUCACAGCCUUUCAAUAUCAGGGAUAUUGGGGGGAAAUGUAACUUUAAAAAGCUUGCCCUCCUCCCUCCUGUAUAUCAUCUUUUCUACAAUGAAAACAUAUGUAUGAAUAUAUUAAUAUUGAAUGCUUGAUUGUGCCAUUUUAAAUAUAUAUUUUCCCUUUUGUAUGUACAACUUUGUAUGUAAAAUUGCUCAAAAAUGGCUGGUAACUAUUUCCCAUGUAUAGCCUACCAUUACCCAUUGCUCUAUUUUUUUAAACCACUGAGUCAUUUAACUGAAUAUUUAACUUAAAAUCUCUCAAUCAAAAGCAGGAUUAUGCCAGAGCAGCCUGUAUGUACAGGGAGGUUUCACAAGUCAGGUGGUCACAUGACAUUGAUGUUAUGGCAGAGCAAUGACACAAUGAAGGGUAGCAAUAUCCUCAGAUUACUGCAACCACUGGUCAUGUUGAUAUGGGCACCAUAUGGAGCCCAUUAUCAAGACAACAUUAGGCGCUGUAUGGAGCAUUCCUAUAAGUGCACCUAACACCCUUUCAUGGUUGGCCUCUUUCAAUAUGUUUUUUUUUUUUCCAUUGCAGUACUGCAAAGUGUCCAACUUACUUUAAAAUGACUGUAUUUAUGUCUGUUUCCUAUUGACUGAGCUUCAAUGUACGAAGCCAGAUUGUGAUUUUGAUACUAUGCUUGUAGACUACAGAUGAAUGUGAUUUGUAGGUGACGUUGCAACCCGGUAAUAAAGAGGUUGUCUCAAUAUUCAUUAGCAGUUUCGUAGCUGGUUUCACAAACCUUAUCAUUAAAAUCGAAGUUUUGGUCUGUGAAACCAGCCAUAACACUUUAACCAAAACCCAAAUGAAGUCACUUCCCCCCCCCUGGACAGAGCUUUGUAACUACCAAUGCCAGCUGUGUCUGUAUAUUAUUAUCUUGUAUUUAGUAACUUUAGGAUGUCACUUGCUGUUUGUGAGAGAUGUACACAUUUCAAAAUGGAGCAGCCAAGCACUUAAAUUAUACUGCAUUUCAUUGCUGUUCCUGACUGCAUUUAGACCAACAGUGUUUAUGUUCAUAUACAAGAAAUGUAAAUGUGUUUAAAACAAUAAAACCUGGUUUCUAAAAAUGA